CUUGAGUGCGCCCCCCUCAUUUGGAUUCAGUUUCGGAAAGCGAGACGAUGGCAAACAUGUUGUGGAACAACUGACCGUGAACAUUGCAAGCAGCGCAGCAUGAGAGGACGUUGUGGACGUUUACAGCGUGUGAAUAGAUGUGUUGUGAUGGAAGAAACCCGAAGAAUCAAUGACAUUUGAAACAGCAUGAAGGCAUCUGGUUGUCAAGUUCCAGACAGUGGAUGCACGCUGGAUCCAGAACCAACAGGAUGAACUGAGACAUUACGCGCAAGAGGUUGCCACGGGCGAGCUUUAGGUUUGACCUCUGUGGAACUAAUUUCUGGGACAAACUCGAGGAUGUAUCAAUGAAGAAUGUGAGUGUGGCUGACUCUCUCCAAACGGGGUGGAUGAAGCCCUCGGCGGUGUCAUGCGUCUUGCCCCGCAGCCAAGCGCGCAACCCUUGCGGCUCAUAGUUCUGCUCCUCCUCACCACGGGGGUGAACCCAUCCCCGGUGCUCUCUUCGGGCUGCCCGGACAGGUGCGUGUGCGAUGACCAGCUGGUGGUUCAAUGCGCUGGGCAGCACCUGACCACCUUCCCGGUCAACUUGCCGCUGGCCACGCGGCAGCUCAUCAUCUCCAACAACCGCAUCGUGGAGCUGCCACCGCUCGCGCUCAACUACCUCUCCGAUCUGGUGUACUUGGACUGCAGCAACAACUCCCUGACCGAGAUAUCAGAGUCCACGUUUGGAAAUCUACGGAAGCUGGCCUACCUGGACCUCUCCUUCAACACCUUGAGCCGGAUCGAGGACAGGACGUUCGGCCCAUUGGCGAGCCUGGUGAUGCUGAGGAUGACUGACAACCCGGGGCUCUCGGAGAUUCACCCGGACGCCUUUGCGGAAAACGCGGCCCUCCAGGUGCUGGAUGUGAGUCGGAACAACCUGACGGUCCUCAACAUCACCUCCCUGAUCGCGCUGCCCUCCCUGCGCUCGGUGGGGCUCAGCGGGAACCCGUGGAGCUGCGAGUGCGACAACGAGGACCUGUGCCUGUGGGUCCACCUCGAAGGCUUCAAGUUCCAAGAUGAGGGCCAGACGGUGUGUGGCUCACCUGCUGACAUGCAGGGCCGUCGUCUGGGUGAGGUGGGCAUCCAGCUACGGACGUUAUGUCACCAGACUCUGGGCUCCUGGGACUACCUUUUCUUUGUUGUCAUCGGCUUUGUCAUCUUUGCUGCCGGAACCGUGUCAGCCUGGGUGAUGGGAGUCAUUAUGGUGCUCUAUGAGCGCUACAUCAAGAAGAAAGAUGAACAGCUGGAUGUGGACACUGAGGAAGAAACCAGCGAGACGGGUCGUACCUUGCGAAGCAGGAGUGACCAUGGCAACGGGAAUUUAAAAACGUCACAUACUGUUUAAAAGAUUUAAUCCCACUCUGCCGCAAUGGAUUCCCACAGUGCCUCCUGUCAACUUCCAGGACUGUCUGUGAAGUCUAAUGACGCUGCAGUCAAACUGAGUCUGUUUAACAGGCUCAGCUCUGAAAGAGAAAAGACAGGAUUCAACAGAGAUGAAGAAUGUAAUUCUUCUUAAUUGUAGUGUGCUUCCAGGUGACCUAAUGUGCACUCUGGCUGCCAUUGUGGAGGUCCCAAGACCUUGGUUAUUACUGUUUAUCUAUCAAAAUGUAUGACUUUGCAGUUUGGUUUAUUACUUUGUAAUAAACACAAAUAUUGCACAUGCACAUAUUAUACCGACAAUCAGUAUAAUAUGAGCAUGUGCUAAUAUUGGCUUGUGUGAUAGUAGUUAUCAAUGGUCACAUUUACCAUCUUAAAAAACAGUUUCAGAUUUUGGGAACUGUGCUUAUUUGCUUUCAAGUUAGUUGAGAAGGUUGAUCACACUCUCAUAACCAAUUGUAAUGAAGCUACAGCCAGAGACAGUUAGCUUAUGUAGUGUGGCUCUGUUGAGAGUUAACAAAAUGCACCCAGCAGCAUCUCUAAAGCUAAUUAAUUAACAUGUUGUAUCUCAUUUGUUUUCUUGGCCAGGAUCAGCAACAACAGUAUCUCCCUGUUACCUGGAAACUGCUCCCAACUAAGAAAUGUGUUUCCAGUCUUUAUGCUAAGCUUACUGGCUGCUGGCUGUAGCUAUAUGUUAAACAAUGUUAGAGUGGUGUCAGUCUUAUCAUCUGACUCUGAAAGUGAUUAAGAGUUUUCCCCCAAAAUGUCAAACUCUUCUUUAAUGAUGAUCUUAGUCCAGCAGUAAUUCAUCAGUCUGGCUCAGACCAUCAGCCAGUUUUAGCUGGUGUGAACUGCUUGUUUUUUACCUUGACACUUUGCAUAAUGCACUUAAUUUGAGCAUUACCUACUAUAUUUAGUAGCAACCACUGUUACUUUUUAAGGUAUUUUACUAUAUUUAGAGAUGCAGAGACAAGACCAAGUAAAAAAAUCAGUAAUCCAAGGCUUUUUAAAAAAUAAAUCAGAAUAAUUUUGGUUAUCUGGAAAAACAUACACACACAUCAUACAAUAUGAUUUUGUUUGUAAUAAUGUUACAAAUUAGAUAGAUACACUUGCUGCUCAGUAAUAUGACAAUCUAGACCCUACUUAUAGGGUCAGCAUUGUUUGCACACAGAAUUCCCCAGUGGACCUCCAUGAUGGCAACAAGCAUAGCAGGAGAAUUGUGACUCAGCUUCACAGCCUCCACAUUAAUUAAAAAUGGUGUGGUCAGUCUACAUAGAAUGAAAUGCAUUUAUCCAGUGAAGAUGGAUAAAUGUGUGCACGCAUUUACACAGCAGCGUGUUCUAUGUAGUUGUAUGUGUGAUUGAGCUUUCGCAGAUGUGAGCACCUCCAUCCUUGGUCCAGUGAUGUGUGGUUUUGCACUGAUAGUUUGCUUCCCUCAUCUAUUAGCCCAAAAACAAACAACAGUCACGGUUUUUGUGUUGAAGAUCUAUUUGUGAAGUUUAUAGCCGACAUGUGCCAACUGCUGAGUUCUGUUUUGGCAGUGGGCCCUGCUGGAUGGCAAGUAAACAGGAGAGUGUGAUAAUUGAUUUCUACUCCAUUCUCUCUUAGUUGGGUAAUGGGUUUGAGUGCAGUGUCCUAACUGUUUCUGCAUGCACUGUUCAUGCACCGAAAAGCCUUAUGAGAUGUAAUCAACUGAGAUUCAUUCUUAAAAAAAAAAAAAAAAACAUGCUCCUAAUUUCUUGAUAAGUGAAUUACACUUUUUAUUUACACUUUGAAUUGAGUGAAUUUACUCCAAACCUGGUGUUUCAUGAAUUACAGCAAUAAGUCAGCUGUCCAGAAAAACAGAAUUAUUUCAGUUCACAACGGUAAAUAUCAGAACCUGCUUUGUUUAUUUUCAAGUCCAAGAUAACAAACUUAGUGCAGAAUGACCACUUCCAUAUUACCUCCAUACUUUUGCUCAAAGUUAUCUGGCUGUAACACUCCACUGACCCUGACAUUGACUGUUAUGAACUUCUAAUGAAGGAAGGAGCAGAAAGAAAAUGAUUCCUUAUUGGACUAGGGACGUCAAUGGCCUAAAGGUAGCUGCUCCAAUAUGCCGUCCCCUGUGUUAUAUUGUACAAUCAACUGUGUCUCAGAAUGAUUUACUUGAUUUAAGAACAAAAUAGAACUUUUGAGGGACCUGAGAGGGAGGAGAGCUGUUCUUCCCUCACUUUAUGUCACUUUAUAUACUUUAUAUACAAGUUUUAUUAGGAAAGUGUUUGAAUUCAAAAGCUUGGAUGUAUGCAAGUCUGAGUUACUGUAAUAUAUCUUGCAGCUUGGUCAGCAAGGUAAAACACCUAUUUCACAGCAGGCAUUACGACACGUCACAGAAGGGAAAGCAAAGGUGUAGAUAAACAAAUAAAUGAUGGUUGAAUUCCAUUUAGCUGUUUCUGUUUCAGGGUCCUGGUAUUGUGCAUGCUGGUUCUAUCACACUGUCAUGGCUUACUGGGACACUUAAAUAAAACUUUUUCUAAUAUGAAAAGUCAAAAUAUCUGUGUUAAAAACAUAUUUUAUGCUGAUUAUGUGACUUUUACUUAUUAAUGCUGAGCUGUCCAACUGUUGACUGACUACCAGGUUGUGAGAAGUGAGGGAGUAGUGGUACAACCAAAUGCAGUUGUGAGGACCACAACCAAGUUAAAGUUAUUCUGUACUUGUGUGAUGAAAAUGUGUUGAAGACAGAGAGGUUAGUCUGUGCUCUGACUCCGCACAAUCUGUUGUUUUCCUGUAAAGUGAUCUGCAAUACUACAAAAAAACCUUUCUUCACACAUUUACUGGCACUAGCAUUUUGUUGGGAUUUGUCCAAAAUGAACUACAAAUACAAAAAUGUUAUUGUUUUAACUAAAGAAACAGUAUAAUAACAGUAUACUAUACAGUACAGACAUGCUGGUUAUGGGUGGUUGAGUGUCAAAUGCAUUUUCUGCUUUGCUUAAUUAGUGUUUAUCCAGAGAUAAUACAUUUGUGACAUAUAAAUGUAAUAUUAUUUUCAUUAAUCAGGGAGUGGUCUUGACUUAUGGCAGUAUACGUAACUAUGCAUGUACCAAGCUACUGGAGAUAGUGACCCACAUACUGUAACUGCAAGUUGCCUACUAAAACAGAAUGCUGAGAUGCCUCUGAACAUUUGAACCAUUGGUUGCUGGUUGCUCUCGUGGCUUUCGGUGUAAUAUUUGCAUGGGUUCCUUCAGUACAUACAAAAUGCAUUGCAUAAUGUGCAUGUCUAUUGAGGUCUGUGUAGUAAACUCUCAUCUAUAUCUAUAUACAGUACAUGCAUACGGUAUAUGAGUUAGUCUCAACGGUGGGCAUGUAUUACAUUCUGAUGAUUAGGUCAUGUGAAGCUACAGGCAAGGGUGAGGGUGCAGCCUGGAAAUAGGAGAGCUGUUGCUCUAAUUCAUGUCAGCACAGUGACACAGAUGGAAUGACAAGGAGUACCUGUGUCUCCCUUUCUUAAUAAAUAUGUGCUUAGUUGCUAUUCUUGUGUAAUGCACAUAAGGCAAACAACUGGCCAUAUUGACACUUUUUGCUUCAUAUGAGCACUUGGAUGUACUUUAUAGAAGCUAAAUAUGCUGUGCUUCAAUAAUAUACUAAGUGGACGAACUGAAAUUCAAUAUUCUGCACUUUUUACACCCCCACACUGCAAACUCAGACCAUAUUUAGAGGCACAUGUAUACAUGUGCUCUGACACACAGAGACAAAAAGCAUCAGUUCUGCCCCCAUAAUCGACUCCAACACGGAUCAUCAAGUACAAUGUACUGUGUAAAAGCUUAGAAGAAGUGCUCUCUUCUCACUAAUGCUACAUUACUGGCACUAACCAGAACAGCAUCGUCCCACAUCAUCUAAACAGCAAAAUCUAAAUUUUGAGAGUUAAGAGACGUUUUGGGAACUAGGCUUUUUAGCUUUCUUCUUCGAUGACCAGAUCGAUACCACUUUCAUGUCUUUAUGGUAAGUAUGAUUUCUGCAGUCAAUUAACUUAGCUUAAAAUAUAGACUGGAAAUGGAGAGCAGCUAGCCUUGCUCUGCACAAAGGCUAAAAAGCCAUGUACCAGCACUGUUGAAGCUCACUAUUAACAUAUUUUCAUCUUGUUUGGUUGUUGGAGUGUAAGAAUAAAUAAAUAAUUGUAGUUAAAAAUGUCCCAGACUUAUCCAAAGCUAAGCCUGGCAAGAAAGCAAAUAAGCAAAUUUCCCAAAAUGUCGAACUAUUUCUUUUAAAUAGACAAAUAACGGUACUAAUGGGGAUAUUGUUGUGCUCUAGAAUGCACUCAGCUGGCUAUGGUCACAUCAAUAGCACAGCUGUGACUGCCAGCCAGCUCAGUGAAUAGACAGGGACUUAAUGCACACAGCUAUUGGAUGCAAAAGCUCCUGCAGGCUUGUUUUCUGCCUGUGGUUGUUUAACUCGUGUAUUUUUUUUGGUUUUUGUUUUUUUGCACCAUUGUAUGCAUCUACUGAGCUGAAGGCAAACUGGCCACUGUAAAAUGCCCGCAGAUAGGAGAUGUGACAUCAAGUAAGAGCAGCUCUAACCGACCGUAAUAGCCCUCUGACACAUCUACUUACAAACACACUCACUCACACACACACAAACACACAAAAUGGAAAAAAAUCCUAAUGGAGCAGUGGAAUGACUUACACCAAAGUUAGAAAUGAGGGAUAUAUUUCUAGGGACUUGGAUGCCUGUGUUUCAGUCAUUUCAACAAAAUUUCAUCAUUAAUCACUGCCACAUAUAGAUGACAGCACCAAAUUACAGCCAAAUACAACCACCCAUACUGCUGUGCUGUGCGAUGUUACUGAACAUAACAUGCUCUGGAGCUGGAACAUAAAGGAACUGCUGCAACUUAUAUUAAGUUAAAUUUCUUAUGCUUACAAUUGUGAACAUACAAAGAUUGCUCCUGUUUUAUACUUUAUUUUUCUUUGUCAGUUAAUUUCUUGACCACACUGAAGCACAUCAAGACGUGCAAGAACCUGGUUUUCACUACCAACAUAAUAAAUAGUAAUAAUGGAGUUUUUUCCAGUUUCAUUUCCCUCACUUCCUCCAUCAUUAUUACAUACACAUUAUUAUCAGAAAUGACUUGUAAGCUGGGAUUUAUUUCAACAAUGAAUUUAUUGUGUUCAGUAGUAUGUUACAUACUGUCGGUUUUCUAUUGGACUUGAUAUUGAUAAGCUCUACUUGGCCCUCCUCUGCAAAAGUGGCUAUUGAUUGAUGGUGAAGAGUGAGCCCCUGCCUCCACUUGGCAGAGAGGAGGACGGUCCUACUGCUGUUACAUAUCUGCACACAGGCUCAGGGGCCUGCCAACUCUGUAUCCUUCCCCAGCAAUAAAAGGUCAUUUGAGAGGA